AAAAAAAAGGUGGGGGGAAUGAGGGGGUUAAAUAUAACAGGGAGCGUUGAGAAAGUGAAAGGAGAUGAAAUGAGUUACAGUGAAUUUAUAGAGAAAUAUUUAUCAAAAAACAAACCUGUAGUUAUAACAGGAAUCAUGGAUGACUGGAAAGCUUGUAAAGAUUGGGUCUUGACCUCUAAUGAUGAUGAUGGAGCAAAAACAACACCUAAUCUUGAUUUCAUUUCUUCCAAUUUUGGUACUUCUAAAGUUCAGGUUGCUGACUGUGGUAGCAGAGAAUUUCAGAGGAGGUUUGACAUGUCAGUUGCUGAGUUUAUUGAUCACUGGCGUAAGCUUUCUUCUGUUGAACACAGAAAUCAUUCGACCAAUGAGUUGAAGGGGAAUACCCUGCUCUAUUUGAAAGACUGGCAUUUCGUAAAGGAGUACCCGGAGUAUACUGCAUAUACAACUCCGCUGUUCUUUCAUGAUGAUUGGCUAAAUUUGUAUCUUGACCGGUACCACAUGCAUCAAAACCCUGAUACAUACCAAAAGAGAGACGACAUAAGCUCUUCUGAUUACCGUUUUGUUUACAUGGGUGCAAAAGGAACGUGGACUCCUUUCCAUGCUGAUGUUUUUAGGUCUUAUAGUUGGUCAGCCAAUGUAUGUGGCAAGAAACAAUGGUACUUUCUAUCUCCAGAUCAAUGUCACCUUGCCUUCGACAGAAACAUGAAAAGUUCUGUAUAUGACAUCUUUGAAGAGGUUAGUGAAACAAUAUUCCCCAAUUUUAAGAAGACUUUAUGGUUGGAAUGUACACAAGAUAAAAAUGAGAUAAUUUAUGUUCCGAGUGGGUGGUAUCAUCAAGUUCACAAUCUGGAAGACACGAUAUCAAUAAAUCACAACUGGUUUAAUGCCUAUAACCUCUCAUGGGUGUGGGAUCUUCUUUCGAAAGACUACAAGGAAGCUGUGGAGUAUAUUGAAGAUAUUAAAGACAUAUGUGAUGAUUUUGAGGGUCUCUGUCAGCGGAAUCUUGCAGCUAAUACAGGCAUGAAUUUCUAUGACUUCUUCACCUUCAUGGUUCGUUAUUCCUUUGCAAACAUCGUCCAACUUCUUCAUCUUGCUAGAAGGACCACAUUCGGAAACCAGUGUUCCUCUCAUAAAGCUCAACAUUUGAUCUUCAACCUCAAGUCUGCAAAAGACAUUGCAAUAAAGAUGAAACUCACAUGUUUGUCUGAAAAUCAUAACAUCUUAUUGGAUUUCAAAAGUAUUCUGGAGGAAUCCACUUUCUUGGAACUAUGUUCCCAACUGGAAAUAACAUAUGAUUCCAUACACUAUCAACAUACACCGAUUGUUGAUACAAAGAAGUAUUUGACGGAGGAUUUGGUGGACCCGGGUCUUUGUAAAUUGUUCAGCACUGUUAUAUGUAAUCCUGAAAAUCUAGCGAUUCUUAUAGAUGACACUUUGCAAUAUCUCAAACAUUCAUUUGUUUAACCUGUUAACAAGCUGUGUUAUUAAGAUACAAUGAUAACAUGGUAUUAGGUGAUGUUUAUGAGUUCAUUAUUGUGCUUUCUUUAUGUAAAUUUUGACUGCCAGUUAACACAGAA